AUGGUCACUCACAGCGCUAUCCGCUCAGCGGCCACUGCUACUGCUGUCCGGGGGCGGAUGUACAAUUACAUCAAAAGCUACAUUGAAAACAGAAGCAUAUACAUCAACACCCCCGAUGGCGCCAGCAGCCUGCACGACGUUCACAGGGGUGUGCCGCAAGGGGGCAUCCUAAGCCCAACAUUAUUCAACAUGACACUAAUAACACUCCCAUCACAACUUGACAAGCGUAUCCGGCUCUCCGCAUUUGCUGACGAUGUAUGCGUAUGGACUGCACAUACCUGCGUGUCCGUAAUCUCGCGCCGGCUCCAGUCGGCUAUGUGUACGACAGAGCAUUAUCUAAAGCAGCGGGGCCUGGAAAUAUCGCAAGAAAAAACUGUCUUGUUACCAUUUACAAGGAAACUCUUUACAAAAGACCGUGUCUUCAUAGACAAGAAACCCAUACAGAUAGUCCCAUCUCACACAUUCCUGGGUGUGAAAAUAGACCGUUUCCUCACAUGGGGACCGGAAAUUGAGAACAUAAAGCGAAAAACAGCACCAUAUAGCAAUGUCCUCCGCACACUGGCCGGACCCAAAUGGGGCCCAUCCGCACGGAUACUGAAACAGAUACACGAGGCACUGGUCGUAUCCAACAUACGCUACAGCCUUCCCCUACUUAAAGGGGCAUCACAAAAAAAUUUAACAAAGUUGGAUCGUAUCUAUGCAGCAGGGCUACGCACCAUCCUCGGAGUGCCACAGGCUACAUCACUCCAUGGCACAAUUGAAGAACACGGAGGCCCCACUCUCUCAGCAUUACAAACAGCUGAGAUAAUGAAACUGCACUUGCGACAUAAGGCCAGACACGUUGACCACCCACUUGGCCGAAUCCACACUGACCGCCCUGGCUCUCACCUGGGAAGGACCAUACAGGAGCUUCAAAAACACAUUCCCAACAACUACAAACAAGCCGCGGCUAACAACAUCCCGUCAUGGCUGCUCGCUAGACCACACACACAAACAACCAUACCUGGUAUAACGAAAAAAGCGGAUACGUCCAAUCUAGUCAUCAGACAGUUUGCCCUGGAACACCUGGAGGAGGUCAGCAGCCACGCCCGGGUCAUUUACAGCGACGGGUCCACGGCGAAGGCGUCUUCCACGGCAGCAGUCUACAUCCCUGAAAAUGAGCUCGAAAUUAAACACCGGCUCAGUCACAAAACGUCAUCCACGGCAACUGAGUUGCGUGGCAUUUUCACGGCACUCGAAUACAUACAAACUACAGAACCAAGAAACGGGGCUGUUUUCACCGACUCUAAGCCUGCCAUAAUGGCCAUCGCAAACCCCAAAGAAAACAACACACUGGUCAGCGACAUCCUGACCACUCACACACAGUUACGCAAUACUGGCCACGCCAUAUCCAUCCACUGGAUACCAGGGCACUGCGACAUCCCAGGAAACGAACGAGCAGACAAAGCGGCUAAAGCAGCUCACACGCUGACAGAGAUAACACCAAUUCCACUGACAAAACAUGACGCUGCAGUAAUAGCGAGAACAGCAUCGAACGAAGUAAUGCUAAAGGAAAUGAGAAAUACAAGCACAAGAGACAAAAGGCUCCAAACACUGGACAAACAUGGGACGCACACAGGACACAAAAACAUGCAUAGAAAAGAUGCGACUCUCCUACACAGGCUCCGCCUUGGAGUCGCAUACACAAAGGCGCAAAACUUCAAACUUGGGAGAACAACCAGCCCAUUAUGCACAACGUGCGGGGAACCGGAAGACGUGUCACACAUUUUUUUAAACUGCCUAAAAUACGACUCACAAAGACAAGACUUGCAGCAAUCGCUGUCCAAACUUGAUGAUCACCCUCUAACACUACGCAAAAUACUAGGCUCUUGGCCCACACAUAAGAAAAACGUUGCAGCGGCCAAGGCAGCGCUAAAGUACCUGGCCGACUGCCAACUGCACGACCUCUAA